UAGCUACAUGAGGAGCAGUGCUGCGGAGUAGUCCGCCAGUGAGGGCGACGCCCACGCCACGGUCUCUCACCUCGGGGAAGAGAUUCCUACUUAAGUCGGGACAUGAAUGCGAACAAGCCAGCAUCUCCAACGGGACUUGAAUCCGUUUACCUAAUCCCCCCUUGCGCCGUGAUGAACCCUGAAGCUCGUCGAAUUGCGUGCGACCGAUGCAGAGGCCAGAAGCUGCGGUGUGUGCGCUCGUAUAGACCCGGGGUGCUCAGCGCCUGCGAGCGCUGUCUCAAAGCCGGAGCCGAAUGCACCAACAGUCUGUCGGAUGCUCAGCGCAAGAUGCUGGAGGCCCGGCAGCCCCAGUCCUUGCGUCUGCCCCCCUCCUCUUCUGCGACGACUUUUCUCGAUCCGCGAUCAGUGGUCCCCGAGGUGGACACAUCCCCGGUCUAUGAAUCCAUUCCAUCCGUCCCAGCCAAGCGAAAAGUAACCCAGCCUCUCGUCCAGCAGGCACAAUAUCUUUCGGCAGUUCAUCCGGCUGCAGAUUACAGCAGCCGUCACAUAUCCCAUUACAGACAACCGCCGUCCGAUCCGGCCCGGACGGUGGCUGGUCCAAACCCAGAUGCAUCGAAGCCGACAACCAUGGAUUUUGGGGUAGAGUCGUUGGUGGACUUCGAGCUCAACGAUCAGGGAAAUGGACAUUUCAUGGACACUUGCAUGCUCUUCGAUGACCCCAAGGGGAUCACCACCCCCUCGGGUCCGAGUGUCGCUCCCUCCUCCAAGGCAGGAUCCACCUCCGCCAGCCAGGAAGCGAUCCAGAACGACACGACGAGCUCCCCAGCGGUGCCGCUGGGAAGUCGAGAGGAUUGUCUCCAUUGCCUGUCGGAAUUGAGCUCCCAAAUCCUGCGAGACUCCAACAAGAUGAGAGGGAUGCCUCUGCCCGACAUCUUAUCGUUCUCAGCGUGGCCGGACAAGCGAAAAGGGCAGACCCAGCCCGGGUUACAGAACAGCAUCGGACGACUCUUUGACCUGACCCAGGCGUUUGUGAACAUCCUGCAGUGUCUCCAACUCACCAUCACCAUAUCUACAGAGCCCCCGUCUCUAACAUCCGCCACAGCUCCUGCCUCCGCCGCAUCUUCGCUCCCUGUCCAGCCGCGCUCGCCGCACACCCCGUCGAAUGAUUCAGACUGCUCCUAUUCGGAAUACUGGGAGGAGCCCAUGCACCAUAACCCCAGUGGGCGGGCCGGCAGCACGACGAACUCGAUCUCGCUGCUGGGCUCGCUUCCAGACGCUCCUGUCCCAGAGGCAGGGGGGCCAGCCUCAGUCCAUGUAUCCACCGCCGCUGCCACCAACGUGGAUAUGCCCACCACGUUAACGAUUCUCACCUGCUACAUCUGGCUCCUCCAUGCGUACGGCACCAUCUUCCACCGCAUUCACGCGGCCUGUCACGCCGAAUUGCCCGCCUCCCUGUCGCCUUGCUCUGUCUUCUCGUCCUUAUCUUCUUCCUCUUCCUCCUCGUCCACCACCUCGUCGUCCUCCUCCUCCGCGCCGCAGCAAACCCAGAGAUCGGCUACCACGUCCUCUUCACCCAAUUCCUCCUCCGGCCCGGGACCCAGCAGUCAACUCGUCCCCUCGGUGCUCCCGGGCCUCCAGAUCGGCGGGUUCGACCUGCACAGCCACCGCGACUUUCAGCUGGAGAUCAUCCUGCACCUCAGCGCCAAGAUGCUGGGACGGAUAGAGAAAUUGCUGGGAAUCUCACUGGUCUCCUCCCCGGCCCCGAACGCAGCGCCGGAGGAGAGGUUCCGGACCGGAGACACCGGGCGGACAGGCCCGGGAAGCAAUGAGGGAGGGAAGACGGGGGAUCGGGGCAUUCUGGAUACCGCCUCGGCGACCGCGUUGCUCGAAGUGAUGGUGAAGCAGAACGAUCAGGGCUAUAUGAAGGAGGUUAAUGGUGGGGCUGCCUCCGUGAAGCAGACUUUAGAUGACAUCCGGAAGAUCUUACAGCGUGUCCCGUAAGGGGAGGAAGGGGGAGGUUGGGCACAUAGUGUGCUGGAGGCGCUGUGCGGUAUUUGCUGACAUUCGUAGAAAGGGUGCACACGCCUGCAGGGCACAGGCAAAUCGAGUACUCUAUUUUUAUGCAGCAGGAAUGACUUGAUGUGGU